AAAAUCCUUUUGGUGCUAAUGAAAGUGGUCCUGUUUUCUGUUGUUCAGGAAGAAGCAGGAAGUUUUGCUUUCGAGCUUUAAUGUGACCAGAAACAGUUGACAAAUGAGAUGCAUGGGGUUUUUUACUGCCACAUGAUUGCAUUCAAAUGCAGUGUGAUAUUUCAGAGUCUGAAAGCAGUAAGCAAAGCAGCAAUGAUCAACAAUAAUGCUGAUUCACAGUCCAACAGAUGUUUAAAAACCAGCAUACAUGAUCAAACAAAGGCGUUCUUUCAAAGAGGAUUUGUAAGGCAAAGGUCUUUCCUGAGUGUAAAGAUAUUCCAAGUUCUCACAGUGAUGUUCCCCUUUGAAAAGAAGAUCUAAACUUCUAAAACUUCUCAGAGGUACUUCUUCAGGUACUUUUCAGAGAAGAUGGAGGGAGAGGAGAUGCAGGGGAUAAACUAACGUAACUUGAGCAGCUGUGGAGGACUUGAGUCUGUUUUUUGUCAGAGCAGUGGAGCAGUGUUGGCCUGUUGACACUGGAAAGCCCAGAAGCAGUCAGCGAUUUAGUUCUUGACUAAACAAAUUAAUUGCCGUGAGGAAGAAGAAGCCCCGAAACUUUCUGCAGCCGCUGUGGCUCUGGGGUGCUUGUUAGAAUGGUAGAAUAUCCCGAAUUGGAAGGGACCCACAAGGAUCAUCGAGUCCAACUCCUAGCUCCACACAGGACCAAAAAUCAGACCCUGUGUCUGAGAGCGGUGUCCAAACACUUCUUGAACUCCGGCAGGCUCAGUGCCAUGACUGUCACCCUAGGGAGCCUGUUCCGGUGCCUGACUGCCCUCUUGGUGAAGAACCUUUUCCUAACGUCCAGCCUGACCCUCCCCUGGUGCAGCUCUGUGCUGCUCCCUCGGCUCAAUGGUCACCGGAGAGAAAAGAUCUUGUUUGAGGAGGGUGUGGGGUGCUGAGGCUGGGCCUGUGAGGAGCAGCCGGUCGUGUCCGGAGUGAAUUGGGCAGGAAAUUCAGUGGGUGAGCAUCUUGCUGCUGACAGACGUGGGUCUCCUGGAGGAGUGGCAACAGGCAGAGGAGGUGCUGGAGCGUGGGCCUCAGCGGGCUGGCCCGGUGCUAUGAGAUGCUCCCCGAAGCGCUCCCUCACGGCUGCACUCGCAGCCUUCGUCGUCCUCCUCCUCUUCCUCCUCCUGCGUAGGGACAGCUGGCAGGAGCAGGAGCCCCUCGAGGUGGAGUUUACGGACCUACCCCCAGACACCGCCCUGCAGAUGCUGAAGCCAGAAGGGGCCCUGCACAUCCUCCAGGACCUAGACAACCUCUCUGCGCCCCACAACGUCUCCUACCACCUUCUCGCUGGCUCCCUGUCACCCCGCAAAAAGUUCUUGGCGGUGGGGCUGGCGUCAGUGCGGCGGCCACGCGGCUACUACCUCCCGGCCACGCUCAUGUCCCUCUUCAAGCAGUCAACAGAGGAGGAGCUGCAGGAGAUGGUGGUGGUGGUGCACCUGGCUGACAAGGACCCUGGCUGGAAUGCCCGGGUGGCCGCCGACAUCACCCGCAAGUUUGCUCACCACAUCCUCCUGGGCCGGCUCCUGCUGAUCCACGCUCCCCAGGAGUUUUACCCCACCCUGGAGGGCCUCAAGAGAAACUACAACGACCCGGAGGAGCGGGUGAAGUUCAGGUCGAAGCAGAAUGUGGAUUACGCGUUCCUUCUGGCCUUCGCCGCCAACCUGUCCUCCUACUACUUGAUGAUUGAGGAUGACGUGUGGUCUGCCAAGUCCUUCUUCACGGCCAUCCGCAAGGCGGUGGCCUCCCAGGAAGGCACGAACUGGGCCACCCUCGAGUUCUCCAAGCUGGGCUACAUCGGUAAGCUCUACCGCUCCAGUGACCUUCCUCGCCUGGCUCGCUUCCUCCUCCUCUUCUACCAGGAGAUGCCCUGUGACUGGCUGCUGGUCCAUUUCCGCCUCCUGCUCACCCAGAAGGACGUCAUCCGCUUCAGGCCCUCCCUCUUCCAGCACAUGGGCCUCUACUCCUCCUUCCAGGGCACCGUCAACCGGCUGGAGGACGACGAGUUCGAGGCCGAUGCCAUGGACCUCCCAGACAACCCGCCCGCAGCCUUGUUCACCAGCAUGACCGUCUUUGAGAACUACGAGCCCCUCAAGGCUUACAGCGCAGCAGGGGGUUACUUUUGGGGGAAAAGCCCGGGAGACGGCAGCAUCUUCUGCAUCGUCUUCCAACAGCCAGCCCGCAUCACCCGUGUGCGGGUGCGAACGGGCUCCAGUGAGCGCCAGGGGGACUUCUUGCGCGCAGGGGUGCUGGAGCUGGGCCGGAGGCGACGGGCCGACGGCCGGGACUGCUCUGCCUACAUCACCGUGGGCACCUUCGAGAAGGGGCUCUUUGAGCGGCGGGGGCUGGAGAAGGGAGUGCCCAGCCCCGUGGAGUGCGUGCGGAUCCGGGUAACCGAGGGCCAGAGCGAGUGGCUCAUCAUCCAGAGCAUCGACAUCUGGACCGCGGCAGACACCUGACCGCGGGGCGCUGAGGCGAUCGGAUUUUGCACUACGAGGAGCUUUAUUUUUCUCAGCCCCUUUUCGGAUGGGGAAUUAAAUUAUUCAGUCCUGCC